GUCGACGGGCUGCUGUUUCCUGGGGAUUGCUGAUGUGAGCGCAACCCGGGUGCGUCGCGAUAUCGGUCCGUGUCCAAUGUUUAAAGAGUUUUGUUUACAAAAUGGAUGAAUUCAAAGCCUGUAAUCUGGACUACUUUCCCGAAAUCAUUUUAAUUGACGUGUUGUCGUAUUUGAGCGUACGGGAGCUCGUCAGGGCCGGAAGAGUGUGUAAGAGAUGGAAACGCCUUGUCAAAGACCAAAGACUGUGGAGACUGGUCGAUCUGACUGCAUGGAAAGGGGUGACAUCCCGCAUACUUUGGCUCCUGCUGCGUCAGUACCUGGGUUGCGGACUAAGGUGCCUACGGUUGCGUGGUUUGCUGCUUUCUGCCCGCGGGGGCACCUUCCUCUCUGAAUCUUGGCUCAAAGCUUUGUCCACAAAGUGUCCUCGCCUGAGUAAGCUCUAUCUUCUGCAUGCAGACCUGAGAGGCCUGCCCAGUUGCCAGCUCCUACCUCCAUCUUUGCAGGUGCUGGAGCUGCGUGGCUGUGAGCUGCCCAGAGAAUUUUUCAACCAGACUCCUACUUCGGCUGCUGCUUCCCAAGAAGGAGCAGAAGCCACAUCCAGCGUUGGUGCGCAGCAGCAAAGAAGGGAUCAGAAAGGAAAAGGUGUUGGCUCUCCAUCAGGAAUUGGUAUUGAGAGGUUAGUCCUUAACAGCGUGCCCUCUUUCACAGACCAGCAUCUGCAGAGUCUGACAUCAUGGGAGAGGCUCACUCGACUGGAGCUGCGUGACACCUUUCGCGUGACGGCUAACGGGCUCAGGAGCUGUGCCGCCAAGGACGGCGCCUGUGGUGUCGAGGGCCUUUCCAGACUCAAGUUUCUAGAAAUAGGCAUCACUGGGCGACAAGGUUACCAGCUACAGAUGGCCUCCCUCGGUCUAGGGGCAGGAUGGCUCGGACUGGAGGAGCUGCGUCUGGGUGGUAAGGAGGUGGGGCCGGGCUUGCUGUGUGCCAGCCGCCUGAAGGACCUGAAGUGUCUGUGCCUGUGGGCCUGCACGCUCAGCAAGAUGCAGAUAGUGCGGAGCUGCAGGAUGCUCCGCGGGCUCCGGCGGCUGGAGUUUUUGGACGUGACCUUCCAGCCUCGGCAGUGUCCGCCAGUGGUGGAGGGGGAGGGUGGUGGAGGAGGAGAAGAGCAGGCCAAUGAGGAAGCUGAAGGUGGAGAUAACAGCAAUGAUGAGAACAAGACGCCGGAUACGAACGAUCCCAUUCCAAGUUUGCGUCGCUCUCUGGCUGUCCUGCUGCCAUCCUGCACACUAGUUUUCACCAACUGCUCUGUUCAGGUAAAUGCGGACUAAAUGAUGUCUCGUCUAGUGCUAUAUACAAGUGGUCAACCUGGAUAAAACUCUCUUUCACACAGGAAGGCAUAAGUCAUUUUAAAAUAGUGUUAUGGAUAUAAUGAAUGACUUUAGUUUUUAUUUUUGUGUCACGCAACUAUGCCCAGCGCACAUGGACUUACAAGAUAACGAAUUCAUAGGAGUCAGAGAAACCGUUCAGUACAUUUUCACAAUCACAUAUUCAAACAUUUACGUCAACUAAAUGAAAACAUCACUGACCAAUCAUCUACUGUUCAGUACUGUUAAUAAGUGUAAGCUGUGAUUAGAUAGCCUGCCAGAGGAGAAAUACCAGUUCUCUACUGUGCAACUGAAGAUUUUGGCCUCUAGAUAAGCAAAAUGUUACAUAUUGUUGUUUCAUGGCCAUACCUUUGUUUAAUAUGCAUAUAUGUCUUUAAUUUUGGUUUUGACAGGAUAUUUUCAAACCAUUUUCUCUUGAACUUCAAUAAUGUCUUUCUUUUAAUGGAGUUUAGUUUUCCCAUUAAUGAAAACAUCAUCUUGCCAGUAUAUAUCUUGCUCAUGGUAUAUAUUGUCCUAUCGUCCAACUGCUUUAAUAUCUUGUGUUUUCAAGAUGAAUCAGUGGGCAGACCAAGUUGGCUUCAUACUUGAUUGCUCACAUGAAUGCUCACAGAAAUAAACACAUUUUCAGCAUACUGUUUUAAACUCUGUCACAAUAUAAGACAAAACAUUGAACUGUCACUUGGACUGUAAAGACAUAAGCAGGUGUUGGCUACAAAGGCAGAGAACUGAAACAUAGUUCUGGCAGUGAUCCACCUGUUUCCUGUUUCUUCCCUCCUUUUCAACAAUGUAUACAUUCAGAAAAUAUAUCUGUUACAAGCAGGUGUUUUGGUUUUGGUGUUACAGAAGAUUGAAUCUUUAUCAAGUCGCCUGUUUCUUUCCCAGUUUUUUCAUAUAUGAUUUAUAGAAAUGAUGAAAUAAGAAAUAAUUGUAGAUGUUUGUUUAUUGUAUUAAUAAAGAAAACAUGGAAGACCUGUCUAUGACAUGAACUGUGUUGCAUUUAAACCAACCUUCUUUUAAAUGAGCAGUUGUUUUGAAUAAACUUAUUUUGAAAAAAAA